CCUACCUAUACCUAUACCUAUACCUAUACCUAAUAUUUCUAUAUCCGCGGCACCUCCGACCUCGACCUCAACCUCAACCUCAACCUCACCACCCAGCUGUCCACCCACCUCAGCCAUGCCCUCCAACGAACGCACCUCCCUCAUCACCACCACAACCACCACCACCCGCCGCCACCCCCGCAACAGCAUGUACUGGACCCUCGCUUGCAUCUACGGCGCAUCCGCCGUCGGCCUCGGCGCCUUCGGCGCCCACGGGCUGAAAAAGCUGAUCUCGGACCCGGCCAAAGUCGGCUCCUGGGCCACCGCCGCCCACUACCAGCUCGUGCACUCCGUCGCCCUGCUCCUCGCCGCCCAGGUCCAGAACCCCGUCUCCGCCCUCCUGUUUACCACCGGCAUGACCUUCUUCAGCGGGAGCUUGUACCUGCUCGUCCUCGACCCGGCCCGCUUCCGCUUCCUGGGUCCCGUCACGCCGCUUGGUGGCCUAUGCUUGAUUGGUGGCUGGGUUGCGCUCGCGCUGAAGUAAAGAGAGAGUUAGGCACCUAAUAUACCCGUCUCGGCUUAUGGUGCUGUAGUCUUAUGCGAGAGGGGGUCGCAAGAUGAAGAAUAGUUACAGAUAGCCGGGCUGUCUAUAUGAGUGUAGUCUCGUGGACGUGACAGCUACCUCCUAAAUAACUAAUAUCGUCACUCUGCGUGAGCAAGAACCUACCUUUUUUUUAUUUUUUUUUAUUUUUACACAUCUCUCGUACCCAAGGGCCAACUGUGAAGUUACAUAUCUACUACUGGCUAAUUUCAACUCGUAGACUUAACGCUAUUCGGAAAACUUACGCAGCGCUUUCCUUACCUCGAGGCAUUUCUAUUAAACUAUCGGCAUACUUACCGACAGUCCUAACA